AUGGCUCUGUGCGGGGGUGUUGGAGCCAUGGCUUUGCCCAGCGAGCUUAUCGUCCAUAUAUUCUCCUUUCUGUCCGACCGAGACAAGCUCCGGGCCUCGGCCGUGUGCUCCCGGUGGAGGGAGUGUCUCUUCUACCCCGCUCUGUGGACCGAGCUCAAACUGCGGAUAGGUGGUGGUUGCUUCAACGGCUCCGGUUCCUCCGAGGAGUCGUCCAGACUGGAGUUCCUCAUGCGGAAAUUCGGUUCUUUCGUGCGGGAGCUGCAGCUUGAACUCGCCCCCGUGGAGGGUUAUCUGAGCCCGCUGAACAACGACCCGUCCUCCCCACGAAUGGACCAGCCUCCCGGUGCCGACAGCGACCCGCAGCUCUCCGAGCGAUGGAGAGACGCCGUGACCACCUACUUGGACCAGGUGCUGUGUGUCUUCACCAGCAUUCGCAACAACAGGAACCUACAGAAGCUGAGCCUGUAUGGAGACACCUGUAUUCUCCAGCAAGAGGGACUAUUGGACAGCUCCAACCUGCACCAGAUCCACCAGGGGGACAAAAAGAUCAACGAAAUCCAGCAGUUGUUCAUGGAGUUGUUGUCAAACAGCAGGCAGAUGAGGUGGCUGUCCUGUAGCUUCAUGCUGGGUCUUGUGACUCCCUGCUCCUUAGCCUGUCUGUCAAAUCCUUCUGCCGAGACCCUGCAGCACCUCAGUUUACUGGACCACCAGCUGGGUCCCCUCAUCUCACCAUCAGAGCUGGAUCGUCUCUCUAACCUUCACUCCCUGGCUCUGGAUUUCUCCGAUCUGACCUCUGAGCUCUGCGGUCUGCUGGCAUCUCCGCGCCGUACUCCACUGCACCGCCUCUCCCUGCUGCUCAACGGUGCCGCCCUGGAGUUCAAACCGUUAGAAGGGACAGCUACAGAGGAAGACUGGAAGGCACUGGUCCGUGUGAGUGCCAACCUGCGAGUGUACAUCAUGACCUUGGAGGUUGACAGCUCAGAGCUCCUCAGGGUCCUAAAGCCUAGCCUCCCUCUGGAACGCCUCCACCUCGACAGUUACAGCACGCUCGUGACCGACGCCACCCUGGAGCUCAUCUCUCAGCAAUACAACAAAACGCUGACUCACUUCCUGCUCCUGAGGGAUGACCCCAACUUCCCCGACCUCAGCGUCAACCGCAACGAGGAUCCCUUGGUCCUCUUGGCAUGGAGGUGUACUCAGUUGGCUGUACUGGUGAUACAUGGUUACACCGUGUGGUCUCACAACCUGGUGGCCAUCUCCCGUCUGCGAGGCUCCAACCUCCGCGUCCUGACCGUGUCCGAGGAGAGCAUCGACUUCGACCCGGACCAGUCCGUGUGCAUGGAGGGCGACCCGGUCCACAACCUGGUCAAGGAGGUGUCGCUGGGCCUGGGUCGCGUCUGGCACCCCUGCUUGGAUUCCAGCCUGGUUUUGUCCGAACCCACCCAGCACUUCCACCGCGAGCUGCACGCCUUCAGCAUGGGCAUGUAGGCAGGGGCG